CACAGCAUCAACGAACGAUCGUACGCGUAGAUGGGAAGAAGUUCCCUGAGUUAAUCCUUGCCAAGCUCCGGUGCACAAGGCUUAAUCAAGUGAUGGACAUGGGUUUGGAGGACAAGCGAGAUGUCAUUCAUCCAACUUCGCAUUGCCGAGAUCGGGGAGCGACAAGGCACUCAACCCUUGGUCUCUUGUGUGUUUGCAGAAAUAAGCCACGGGAUGUUAGACGACCAGCUCUAAUCUCAUACGAUCGAGAGCACGGUGCCCUUUAACAGAUCUUUAGUUUCUAAAUUUGACACUGACCACGAGGAGUAAUCAAGACUCACCAUACUCUCGGGCCCCAGACGACACCAUGAGUCCCAAACCCUGGCUCCCUGUUGCGCCAUCCUCGCCGUUCUCCCUUGCAAACAUCCCCUUCGGUAUCAUCUCCACACCAGGGGCGUUGAUCCCCCGACCUGCAACGAUCCUCGGUGCCCAUGUGCUGGAUCUCAAGGUGUUCGCCGAGCGGAACGGUUUUGCAGGAUUGGACGAAAUCAAGCCUCACACCCAUGUCUUCUCGGCGCAGACGCUGAACCCCUUUGCGGCUCUGGGUAGGCCCAUCCACUCUAAAGUCCGGAUGUAUCUCCAGAGCGUCUUCGCCGAGGACACCCCGCACCCCCAAGUUCUCCGUGACAACGAAGGGCUCAGGGCAGACGCCAUAGUGGCAGUGGGGAGCGUCACCAUGCACCUCCCCAUGGAGAUUGGCGACUACACGGACUUCUUCGCCGGCAUCAACCAUGCCUUCACCGUCGGCUCUCUCUUCCGUGGGCCACAGAAUGCGUUGCAACCGAACUACAAGCACCUCCCAGUCGCGUACCACAGCCGUGCCUCAUCCGUCGUCGUCUCCGGCACGCCGGUCCACCGCCCCUGGGGCCAGAUCUUGGUCAACCCGGCUGCAGACCCAAAGGUGCCCAUCUUCUCACCCUGUCGGCGACUGGACAUUGAACUAGAGCUCGGUGCGUUCAUAUGCAAGGCCAAUCCGCUGGGCCAGCCGGUGCCUAUCGAGGAGGCCGAGCAGAGUAUUUUCGGGUACGUGUUGAUGAACGACUGGUCGGCGCGGGACCUGCAAACGUGGGAAUACGUGCCCCUGGGCCCUUUCAACGCCAAGAAUUUUGCCACCACUAUCAGCCCGUGGGUUGUGCUGCCGGAUGCGCUUAAGCCGUUCGCAGUUGGGGGGAUUGAGAACGAUGCCGAGCUCCUGCCGUACCUGCGGGAGACGCGGAAGCAGAAUCAGUACGACAUCCAGCUACAGGUUGAUCUAACCACGGCUCAGGGAGCGACCACAACCGUCACGCGGACAAGUGGGAAGAACCUGAUCUGGUCGUUUGCUCAGAUGGUAGCGCACCACACCGUCGGAGGCUGCCCCAUGCGGCCGGGCGAUCUGCUUGGCAGCGGUACCAUUAGCGGGACGGACGAGCGGUCACGCGGCAGUUUGUUGGAGCAGAAUCUCGGCGGGAAGCAGAAAAUCAAGCUUGAUGGUGGUGAGGAGAGGAUGUUUUUGUGUGAUGGGGAUACCGUUACCAUCUCUGGCCUCUGUGGCACGGAGGAAGGGGGGCUCGUUGGAUUUGGGGAGUGUUCGGGUCAGAUUCUUGAGGCGAUCCCGUUCUCAUAGAG